GUGUCACCGGCUUAUCCACCACCAAAGGAUCCGAAACUCAGCGUGACGCUCGAAAAUCCAAAGUCUUAACACCAGCUUCGGACUGUGGUCGACGAGACGACGAUGUGGUGGCCGGGGCGCCGGGGCGCCGGUAUCGCGUCGUCAAAGGCCAUUUUUGCGAUAGCCCUCGCCAGACGGUGGUCGUCUUCGUUAAACUCGUCGUCUCCGUGGUCAUCGUAUCCGUCGUUGUUGUUGUCGUUGUCGUUGCCGCGUGCGUCUCUGUGUCCGUCGCCAUCGUCGCCGUCCUCGCAGCGGUCGCCGUCACCGUCGUCACGGUCGUCGUCACCGUCGUCGUGGUCGUCGUCACCGUCGUCUGUUGCGGCGUCCGUCGCGUCGUCCGUGCCACAGUUGCUACAGCCGACGCCACCAUCUCCUCCGACGUCGCACUGUCGCCGGUGCGUGGCGUGAGCGCGUUCCCGAGACAUGACGGCGCGUCAGCACCGUCACGCCGCUGCCGUCGCGAUCACCACCGUCACCACGACGUCGUUGUCGUCAUCGUCAUCUAACGCCGUUACCGCCGUAAACUCCUCCAACACGACAAAUACUUACUCCUGCUCCUCCAACUCUUCUACCUCCACGUCCUCAUCGUCCUUCCAGCGUCCUUCAAACGCGACCUGUUUCACCCGCUACACGUCAACGUGCUCCUCCGCGACCACAGCAGCCACCGACGCCGCCACCUCCUCGUAUUGGUCCCCGUCAACAUGUCUUGACACCGGUCCAUGCUUCUGUGUUAUAUCAAAAGUACAGAGCUGCGAAAGCACACGUCAUCGACAUUGUCGAUCACUAGUGGGAUGAAGGUUAGCGGUUCAGGUGGCCGAGGCGAUAGCGGCGUAGUGGGCGAGGAAGCCGGCAUAGCAUUGGUUAGCAUACAUUCCGACUAUCCCCGCUACACUGAAGAACGUACCGGGUUGGUGUGCAAGGGUACCAGCUUAGUAGGUUCAAGUGGUAAUAUAACUGGCAGUAAACACAAACCAAACGUCGGAUACAGACUGGGUAGGCGUAAAGCGCUUUUUGAAAAACGAAAAAGAAUCAGUGAUUACGCUCUAGUGAUGGGAAUGUUUGGUAUUAUAAUCAUGGUAAUCGAGAAUGAGUUAGCCAGUGCUGGAGUAUACUCGAAAACGUCAUUCUAUUCUACRUCACUGAAAACGCUCAUAUCCGUAUCCACCAUCAUUCUGCUGGGUUUGAUCAUGGCCUACCACGCACUCGAAGUACAGUUGUUCAUGAUUGACAAUUGCGCGGACGACUGGCGGAUCGCGAUGACGUGGCAGCGGAUCGCCACCAUCACGAUGGAGCUGGUGAUCUGCGCGAUCCACCCGAUUCCUGGCGAGUAUUACUUCGAGUGGAGAACCAAGCUGGCCAACAAGCACGGRAAGCUGGAGACGCGGUGGGUGCCGUACGAUGUGCCGCUGUCGCUGCCGAUGUUCUUCCGGCUGUACCUCAUCUGCCGGGUCAUGUUGCUGCACAGCAAGCUGUUCACGGACGCAUCGUCCCGCAGCAUCGGCGCCCUGAACCGGAUCAACUUCAACACGAGGUUCGUGCUGAAGACGCUCAUGACCAUAUGCCCGGGCACGGUGCUGCUCGUGUUCAUGGUGUCCCUGUGGAUAAUCGCCAGCUGGACGCUCAGACAGUGCGAGAGGUUUCAUGAUGAAGAUCACGCUAACCUGCUGAACUCCAUGUGGUUCAUAGCGAUCACGUUCCUGAGCGUGGGCUUCGGAGACAUAGUGCCAAACACUUACUGCGGUCGUGGCAUUGCGGUCACCACUGGCAUAAUGGGCGCCGGAUGCACUGCUCUUCUAGUGGCUGUUGUGUCACGGAAGAUGGAACUGUCUAGAGCAGAGAAACACGUCCAUAAUUUCAUGAUGGACACUCAACUUACAAAACGACUGAAAAAUGCUGCGGCCAACGUCCUCAGAGAGACGUGGCUGAUCUACAAACACACCAGACUGGUGAAAAGGGUGAAUGCAGGCAGGGUUCGAACACACCAACGAAAAUUCUUGUUGGCUAUAUACGCGUUGAGAAAAGUGAAAAUGGACCAAAGAAAAUUAAUGGACAACGCAAAUACAAUAACAGACAUGGCCAAAACGCAGAACACUGUUUAUGAAAUUGUAUCCGACAUGAGUAAUCGAUACGAUGCGUUUGAAGAACGUUUGGUGAAUCUCGAAGAUAAACUGGUAGCCCUACAAGAACAGCUGGAGCUGUUGCCGGAGAUCCUGACCCGGUGCAUAGCGCAGAACCAGCAGAACACCAGCAACCUGUCGUCGACGACGGAGUCUAGGCGCAACUUCCUGCACCCAGAAUCGGCGGCCGCGGCGGCCACCGGCGGCCAGAUGCAACCGUCCGUUUCGUCUCCGGCGGGCAGCAUGACCGGCGUCGGUGGCAACCCGAUGAUGUUCCCGUCGUCCUCCGGCGCCACGAGCGGCGGCAUGAUGUUGGCCAUGGGUAACGGGUCGACGGUCAUGUCGCACUCGCGCAGCGUGCCUCCAACAGGUGCCGGCGGCGCGUCCCAUUACCACUGGCCCACCAGUCCCAUAUUGCCGCCAAUCAGCAGCCGGACGCCGCAUUUAGUGCCCGAGCCCAUCCAGCCGUCCAGCUGAGCCCACGCCCGACCGCCGCCCAUCGGAACAAAAAUAUGUCAGCGUUCAUUUUGAAAUCAGCGGAACGACUGAACAAAACGAUUCAAAAUCGACUACGUACAACUCACGUUGAAGUUAAUAUAAUAAUAUUAAAAUUAUAAUAAUAUAUUAUUAUUGUUAAAAUACUUAAGUAGAAUUAAUUAAUGUUAAACACAAAAAAAUACUUUGUUAUUUCUACUAGAAAUUAGUAAGAAUUGCUCAGAAUAUACAAGUGGAUUUUAAAAUUACGCAUAGGUCACGUUCAACGAGAUAUGUAGAAUUGUAUACGCCGAAAAGGCUUUUAUUUUGGUUUUGAUUUUUUUUUUAAAUAUUGUUAAAAUUUAUAAAUUUAUAAAAUUAAAUAUUAAAAUGUAAUUGUAUUAUUAAAUGUCUUUAUAGGUAGGUAUUUUAUCGCUUUAGAAUAAUUGCGCGUAACGUACAUUAUUAUAUUUUUCUACGAAAAUUGAUUCUAAAUAACCAAUAAAAUCUUUAUAACAAUAUUA